AUGGCGGCGGGGGCGAGGAAGGAAGGGCGCCACGAGAGUAAGACGGGGCUGUACGAGCUGGUGUGGCGGGUGCUGCACGCUCCGCUCCUCUUGCACCGCACGGUCUCCUCCUGGCUCCGCGGUCGGUUCGGCACCUGGAACGGGAUCUGGCGGCGCUGCUGUCGCGCCGCCUCCGCUGCGGUCCUAGCGCCGCUCGUCUUCACGCUCCGCAAGCCCCCGGCUGUCGGCAGGAACCGCCGUCACCACCCGCACCCGAGAGGGAGGCCGGGUCCGGCCGCCGCUCACCUCCGGCUGCGUUGGCGCGCGGACGGCCGUUCCCUGGAGAAGCUGCCUGUGCACAUGGGCCUGGUGGUCACCGAGCAAGAUCAGGAGCCCAGCUUCACCGAUAUCGUGGUGUGGUUGGUGUAUGGCCGUGGGCAUCUCCUAACAUUAGCGUCUACGACCACCAAGGGCUCAAAGCUUGAAUUCCCCUUGUGGCUGGCAAAAGGACUGUUUGACAACAGGCAGCAGAUCCUUUCUGUGGAACUUCCCAUGAUUUACCAAGAAGGUUGGAGGACUGUGUUCAGUGCAGAUGCCAAUGUGGUGGACCUCCACAAAAUGGUGCCACAUUUCUACGGGUUUGGCUCCCAACCCCUGCAUUUUGACAGUCCAGAGAAUACAGAUAUUUCCCAGUCUCUCCUGCAAACAUUUAUUGGACGUUUUUGCUGCAUCAUGGACUCCUCCCAGAAUGCCUACAAUGAGGACACUUCAGCACUGGUCGCCAGGCUAGACGAGAUGGAGAGGGGCUUAUUUCAAAUAGGGCAGAAAGGACUGAAUGACUUUCAGUGUUGGGAGAAGGGGCAGGCUUCUCAGAUCAUAGCUUUCACCCUCGUUCAGAACUACAAGAAGAGAAAAUUCACUGACAUGGACGAUUGAAGAUCAGAAGAACACAGAAUUGCUCCUUGUAGACUUAUCCCUCUGGGUAUCCUUGAUAGGAGCCUAUUCUGCCUUGUAAAGGGCCAGAGUCAUUGCCCAUCUCAUGGCUUAUUGCCUGCAGCCAUCUCAGGAGGCUACUAUCUGGGUGGAAGAGAACAAACUGGACAAUAUGCCUGGCCCUAUGAGUCUGUCCCAGCCUUCUGACCUAUAACCCAGGCUUACUUAACCCAGGAACCCACAGCCAAGGAGAAAUCAAAGUCCUCCACAAAUAAGGAUCAUUAAUACAAACAUUAAAACAGAGUUGGGACUGGGAUUCCUUGAGCCUGGGAGUUUGGAUGGCCUCCAAUGCCCGGUUUCUCCAGCUCCUUUAAAGUACAGGUACAAAUGGGCUAUUGUAGCCUGUUCACAAAAUGUUCUCUUGGACUUAAUCGCCUCGUCUGCCUCAUGGUUGCCCCAAGGAUGGCACAUCCAGGACUCUGGCCUUACUUGUAAAUACCACCUGCCUGUGGGGAGUUACUCCCAUUUCCAAACACAGUGGCCAAGAAUAAGGAAGGAAAAGGAAGAGCAGGUGAAUGGCAAGGCUUUUAUAAAAAUGAAGAUGCUGCUUUCCUCUUCUGUAAUCAGGGCUUCAUGAACUGGACUUCACAUACCUCUCCUGUCAACCUAGGGGGGAAAUGGUUAAAUAGCUGCUUUUGUGUCCUCGAUCUUUAGAAGCACAUGCACAGUUAUUCCAUUCCCUCCCUAUAAAAGCUGUCAGGGAGUUGUUUGGAAUUGCAAAGUAGUUAUUAAAGGGUGUUAACCAGCCCUUACAACAUGGAAAUCAAGACUUUAAGGUUACUGGUUAGGAAGAGCUCUGUUUGAGAUGUUAGCAAUGGCACAUGUAAGUGGGCAUGAGACCUUGAUUAUGGCUUUCUCUCUUCAAUAAAUUUUGUGACAUUACAUAGAGGAUUCCUGUCCCUUUACUGAGAAUCUGUUUAAGCAAGCACAAAACUCUUCCCCUGAAGAUCAAGCAGGAAACCUCAAGCCGAGGAAGAAACAGCAUUCCCUGUCAGCCACUGUUCACAGGGCAACUGUCUCCACACCAGCUUCCCACAACCAGUGAAAAUUUUCUUUGUCAUUAUAACUUACAGAGGGUUUUGGGAAUCCAGGUUGUGGAGCUGUCUUGAUGCAAGCUUAGAAUGUUAGAAAUGCUUUUUAAAUGCCUGUUGUAACUGAUGUUUUUAUAAUUUGAUUUUGGUGUUAAAUAAAUGAUCCACUUUGCACAUGAA